CACAACUACAGUGAUAUUAGCUCCAGUGAGAAGGAAAGGCGAGCACUCGUCAAAGCGAAGAAGCGAACGAAAAAAGAAAAAAAGCAAAAAUCGAAAGACAAAUGCAAGGAGAAGCAGUUGGCAUCCAGUAGUAGCAGCAGCAGUAGUAGCAGUAGCAGCAGCAGUUGCACCAAAGAAAAAGUCGAUGACGAAGACGAUGAAUCACCGAACGUCAAAUGUGUCCUGGUGGGUGACGGAGCAGUUGGCAAAACGAACCUCAUCGUGUCCUACAUCCAAGAUCGGUUUAUUCCGGAAUACGUGCCGACAGCCUUCGAUAAGUACAAUGUGGACGUCAGCGUGGAUGGCCGGCCCAUCUGUGUGACCCUGUGCGACACCGCCGGUCAGGACGCCCUCGACCCGCUGCGGCAGCUGUGCUACCCCGGUACCGAUGUGUUCCUGCUGUGUUUCUCCGUCGUGCAGCCGGAAUCGUUCCGCUCGCUAGCGUCCAAGUGGGCCCCGGAGGUGUCGAAACUGCGCGGCGCCGUAGUCCUGGUGGGAACCCAAUCCGAUCUGCGGAACGACCGGAGCACGGCACUUAAGCUACAGAUACAAGGAGAGAAACCCAUUCCAGUGUCGGCUGCGUGGGACUUUGCCCGAAAGAUUGGAGCCAAAUACAUCGAAACGUCCUCACAUAGGAAGGAACGGAUUAAGGAAACGUUCGACACGGCCAUCUGGGACGUCCUGCAGGCACGGGAGUUCAACCGGAAGCGACCCCUCUGGAAGCGGCUGAUGUGCUUGACCUGUUGAAACGGCUGGCAAACGUUGUUGUUUAUAUUUAAAAGAUGCUGCAUUGAACACGAGACUGGAACCAAACUGUUUUUCUGACAAAAAAAAGACGGAAACAGAAACUGCUAUAAAGUGGAAUUGGAUUCGUUGUAAAGCAUUAGCCGUAAUUAAUUGCUCGUAUUAUUUGUUACGUAAGGAAUCUGUAGCUUAGUGUAUAACUUAUUACGUUUUUUAGUUGGAAAGACAACCAAGUGACAAGUGCCGACGCAAAGUUAUCCUCACCAAAACACAUCACAAACGCAUCGGUAUUGGUAUUGUAUUAUGCUGCACUCUUAAGGUUAAGGAACGAUACAAGCCCAAAAUUGUGAAAUCGAAAUUUUAAGCGUAUCACGACAAUCUGAUUUGGUGAAUCGAAUUUAGACUAGGGAAAGGAGUCUUCCACUCUCGUUAAAAUUAAACUUUUAGGCAAUAUCAUUCCAAUAACAGACCAUAUCUGAGAAAGUAAACUGUACAGUAAACGACAUCACAAUGAUAGUGAGAUGAUGAAACAUGUGAAACCUGAACUCUUUAACUCUUUGUAGGAACGCUACAUCGAACAAGACAAGAUUGUAUUAUACAUGUGUAGUUGAAUUAUGCAAGUUUAAUUUAGCAUCUUAAGCACGCGACGAAGGAGAGAGAGUCUUGCCAAUCUGUUUUAUAUUGGAAGUAAGCUUCGACUGAAGAAACAGUUAUGAUAAUCAAAAACAUACACAUA